UGGAACCGGUCGAGAAGAAGGAUUCUUGGGACGUCAACAAAGCUGGAAUAACGUUGGUGUCAAACGUGUGCUUCCUUAUACUGUUUGUUCUAAAGAGAAAAGCUUUCGAUGUCGUUUGUGGGCCCAGAUCAGAGUCCAACUACACCUCAGGAACAUAUUGAUGGUGUGCCAGAUUUUGGAUGGCGUGUACCACUAGAUCGUCCAAAUCCAGCGAAAUGCAAUCCCUUCACGACUCCCCGACUGAAGCACAUUCCAAGUUUUGUGGGACUCAGUUUGAGAUACAUGACAUACUGGAUCAGCAAGAAGAGACAGGGACGUAAGAUCUUCAUUGAUCACCUCAACCCCAUCAGUCACAAGCCCAUUUACGGGUGCCCUAUCGGUGGGAUUGGAGGCGGUUCCAUUGGUCGGGGAUACAGAGGGGAGUUCUGUCGCUUCCACAUGGUUCCUGGUCUCUAUGACUACAAUGUAGUUGAUGCUGAUCAGUUCACUGUGUGCAUCCGCAAGAAUGGCGUGACAGUGCUGCAGCAGGUGCUCGCGUCCUACAAGAAGACGGGGAAACAUCUCAAGUCCUGGGACUGGAACUUCCCGGGUGCUAACGCCACCUAUCACGCCCUCUACCCCCGAGCAUGGACAGUGUACAGCAUCCCUGAGUUCAAUGUCAAGUUGGUGUGUCGACAGGUCUCGCCCGUCUACCCACAUGAGUAUAAGGAGAGUUCACUACCAGCAGCAGUGUUUGUGUGGACCAUCGAGAACAACAGCACCGAUGACCUUGACAUCAGCAUCAUGUUCUCAUUUAAAAAUGGCCGUGGUGUGAAGGAGGAUAAGGAAGGAGGCUGCUGGAACGAGCCCUUUAAGUGUGACAGCGAGGGGGGCGACGUCAGCGGAGUCCUCAUCCACCAGACCUUCAGGGAUAUGGACUGUACAUACGCACUCUCGGCAGCACAAAGGGAGGGGGUGUCUGUGAGUCAUCUGGUGAACUUUGACCCUCAAGGGACAGGAAGCGAGGUUUGGUUAGACCUCAAAGAAGAUGGACAACUGACAUCUUCAACAGAAAGCAGUGAAAAGACAUUGAAGGGAAAGGAGAUCGCGGCUGCUGUGUGUGUGCAGUGUCAUGUGGCAGCCGGCAAGUCGGCCACGGCGGAGUUCAGUCUGGUCUGGGAUAUGCCAGUCAUACACUUUAGCUCUAGGGGACAGAAAUACCAUAGACGUUAUGCCCGCUGGUUCGGGACUGAUGGCACCGGAGCCCAGCGGAUCAGCAGUCAUGCAAUAGGCCAGUACCAGGCCUGGGAGAGCAAGAUUGAAGAGUGGCAAAACCCAAUACUCUCCAACAGAAACCUUCCAGCCUGGUACAAGUCGGCAUUGUUUAAUGAGCUGUACUUUGUGAGUGAUGGUGGCACGAUAUGGGUGGAUCCAGUUGAUGGAGACAGCAGCACAUCCUUCUUCAAGAACGACCACGCCCUGGUGAAGGAGUACAGCAAGUUCCUGUACCUGGAAGGUCAUGAAUACCGGAUGUUCAACACAUACGACGUGCAUCACUACGCCUCCUUCGCCUUCAUCCAGCUGUGGCCCAAGAUACAGCUGUCUCUACAGUAUGACAUAGCUCACUCUGUGAUGAGCGAGGACAGUACGCGUGUGAAGUACUACACGUCCGGUCACAAGGGGCUGCUCAAGACGCUUCACACAGUUCCUCAUGACGUCGGGGACCCAGAGGACGAGCCAUGGAAGCGCGUCAAUGCCUACAGGAUUCAUGAGACGGCCAACUGGAAGGACCUCAAUCUGAAGUUUGUCCUGCAGGUGUACAGAGACUACCACGCCACACAGGACAAGGAGUUCAUGGAGAAUAUGUACCCCAAGGUCAAGGGUGUGAUCGAGACUGCACUGAAGUGGGACAUCGAUGACGACGGUAUCAUUGACAACAGUGGCUUUGCCGACCAGACUUUCGACGCAUGGACUAUGAGUGGAGCAAGCGCCUACUGUGGUGGGAUGUGGCUGGCCUCGCUGCGGAUGACGAUUGAGAUGGCCAGCAAGUUGGGGUUCAAGGAAGACAUGGACAAGUACCAGGUGGUGCUGGACAAGGGACGUCAGUCAUACGAAACCAAACUUUGGAACGGCCGGUACUACGACUACGACAGCAGCACCAGUGGGCAUCAUGACAGUCUGAUGGCCGACCAGCUUGCAGGCCAGUGGUUCCUGCGGGCAUCGGGGCUGCAGGAUGACAAGGUGUUUCCCCCAGAUCAUGUACAGAGUGUCCUGAAGACUAUCUACGAGAACAAUGUCAUGAAGUAUGGUAAUGGUAACAUGGGUGCAAUCAAUGGGACCCGACCAGAUGGCAGUCGAGACACCAGUAGCUGCCAGGCAGAGGAAUUCUGGGUAGGAGUGAUAUACGGUCUGGCUGCCAGCAUGAUCCAGGAGGGUUUGAUAUCAGAGGGCUUUCAAACAGCGUGGGGAGCCUACCAUGUAUGCUGGGAGCAAUACGGCCUGCAGUUCCAAACACCUGAAGCCUACAUGACGUCCAAACACUACCGUUCUCUUGGAUACAUGCGGCCAUUAUGCAUCUGGUCCAUGCAGUGGGCCCUAGAACGCUUCCAGCCACAGUUACUUCAGCAGAAAGAGGGCGCUACAGUCUCACAGACGAGAAGUGUCCUCGUACAGGAAGUUAACCCAGAAGUCCCUGGCACCGCAGAGUCCGGGGUCACAAGAAGCGAGAUCCAGCUGGAGGUCACCGAGCAAUAAAUUAAAUUAUUGACCAACCUGAAAUCUGAUACCUCACUUGACAUUUUAUCAGAACUUGUGUGUAGAAGAUUUGAGGGGUUCUAUUUAUCAGAUGAUUACAUUUUAAAUCCUACAUCAUGUCUGUAAGUCUUAAGUAUGACUGUCCAUCUCAUUAAGUCACCCUGUUUGCCUUUGUAGUUCAUCAAUUUAACACGUUUUCUUAGGCCUAAUGUUUUCUUGAAUGUGAAUAAGAAAAACUUCAUAUUGACUCCAUCCGCAAAAUCAUAUAGAUACAUAAAACAACGAGAACAAAAGUUAGAUCUCUUCUUUGAAGCAGAAAGAUCAGGUCUGGAUUGUUCUGUGUACUAUUUUUCUAUUUAUUAUCAUUUCAAUAUUGAAAUAUUUCAUCUACAAUGGGCUUAAAAAAAUAAAGAUUUGGUUCUCAGGCAAUAUUUUUUGAAAAAUAGUGUGGGCAGGCGGUAUCUUUUUUCCUUUUUGUUUUGGUUUUCCAAACUAGAAUGUAAGGAUUUUUAAAAAAAUAAUUAAAAAUGGAAAUAAAAACAAAUCUUUAUGAUGAUGCCGGCGGUGCCUGAGAACCAAGACUAUUAUUUGUUUUAGCCAUAUCAUUUGGUUUUAGAUUUCUAGGCACCAAAAUAGGUUAUGUUAUACUAAACAUAAAAAACAUCAAAUCUUGCACCUUAAGUCUACUUAAUCAAUUUAUCCAAAUAGCAAAGUUAUAUGAAAACUUAACAGUUCUGUACUAAAGGUUACUGUGUAUAAAUAAGGUAUAACUGAGAAGAUCUGGGCCCACUUGCACAAAGCGAUCUUAGUGCUAAGACUAUCGUAAGCCUAUGUUAAAGUAUGGGAGUUAUGAUCAUCUUAACGCUAAGAUCACUUUGUUUAAGUGGGCCCUGGUUAUAUCUAUCCAAUUAGUUGAUACUAAGUACCAGAACAGCAGUAUAUAUGUGGCAUCGUUUCAGUUUGGUUAUUGUUGUUGUUGUUUGAGUGCCAAAGUUUUAUUCUAUGCAGUGCAAUAUUGUUAUCAAUAUUGUUUUGUUCUGUUUGGAUGAAUGACAUGUGGCCUUGGAUUAUACUUUAACUCAACUUGACCUGUAUGGGGGUGUGACUGCUGUCCUUGAGGCUACUUCCCCAAGUACAACUGUUAAUAUGAUUAUUCUUCUGGUACUACUGUCCAUACAACUCUGUUCCUGAAACAACUAACCAUAUACCUAAUCCUUCACACCACCGUCAAUAUGAUGGCUGUCCCUGAAAACAUCAUUUGAAGACUGCUUUGAAAAAGAGUCUAUAAAAUUGGAGUUGAAAUUUAUUUGAAAGCUAAUCAACAUUCUUCAAAUUUAUAUUAUGAAAAAGUGUACUGUGCCCGAAGGGUACUUUUAGUAUCAUCACAACAUAUAUGAUAGUUUAUAGCCUAUUUUUGCUCAAGAGACAAAGUUAUGUAAUAGAUUUAGAGAUCUUGUGCCUGUACUUUAUCGAGAUGUAAAUGCACUGUCGCGAGAACAAAGGUUGAGGCCUUUCCUUGCAGUAUGUUCUUACUACAGUACAUGUAUAUCCCGAUAAACUAUUGCCUAAGUUCUCCAUAUAUCUUUGAGCACUGGCCCAUACUAUACACUGCAGAUCGCACAAGCUGCUCCAUUCACAUUCAAAUGAGAUUUCACAAUUCAUAUCCUGCAUCACUUCGGGCUUUCCUCCCACAUUAAGCUGACACGCCGUGAUAUAACUGGAUUAGUGUUAAAAGCAGCGUUAAACCCAACUCACUCACAAUUCAUAUAAACUGUACUAUUUGUUCAGUCAAGUGUUUGUUGUUUAACAAGAGUUUCAUGCAUCUGUACACUGUAUACUUUACGGUACUUUGUCAGUGUAUUUAUGUAUGUGCUCCGCCUGGCCUAGAUAGUAACCACCAAUUGGAUGAAAGUAUCUGCCUGUGCUCUGAUUGUAUAUAGACAUGUAACAUGUGGUUGUGUAUGCUGGUCAUACUAGAGGAGUCUUAACAUACUAAUGUUCUGUAGCAGAUACCAUAAUUUCUAAGGCAAGAAAAGAUCAAAGGCACCAACAGUACAUUAUCUUGAGAUAAAGUACACUUGUUGAGUCAUAAGGGGCUGAGUUCAUGAGGCUGUUCAAAUUACCACUCCUGUGGUCUAUUGUAUCCUGGGUAAUAUUGUUCUAUCAUUUUUAGCAAUCAAGAUGGUUCAUCUGCAUCGCUCAGUGAAACAGUUUCUUUAAAGUUGUCGAAUAAUUAAAUAUUAUUCCCUGUGAAGAAAUAUGGCAAUAUCAUGUCAACAAUUUCCCAUGCUAUGACUUUAUCCCAAAUAUAUACAAACCAAAGCAGCCAUAAAGUUGUCUGAAGUGGGCGUCGCUGCCCUGUGAAUUAUUUCACUGUCUUGCCACAUAUAUGAGCAAUCCUUGAAGUGUUUAAUGACCACAUUGCUCACCGAAGCGCGUUAGAAAAAUACUGCAUGUCUUCCCCCCACCCUGUUUGUCCUAUGGUGAUGCCAUUUCACGCCCCAACCCGCCAAUUCGCGUUACAGUAUCACCUAGUGCUACCCGCUGAGUAAGCGCUCCAUUUCAUGGCUUGCAGUUGCUACAUUAGUUGUGGAAACAUUAGGAUCAUCUUUUAUGACGGAAAACACCUCAACCCAUAAUAACUAGCAACGCAAACUUUAGCUGUAUGUACACCACUCUCUUUUGUCUGGCUUACUUAUUCUGAAAUCAGAGCAGACCGGCCUCAUAGAAGUCUCUCAGUGGGCAUCACAUGGUUUGUAUAUUUAUGGAGAUUUGCUACUACAGCUGCGACGUUGAGGACUAUAACAAUAUGUCUUUACCAAUCAAGUGAAGCGGUACUAGGCUGGCCGUAAGGAACAAGGGUAGAAGCAUGUGUUUAUACGUGGGUAAGCUUGCUCUCACAAUGCGCUAGUGGAAGGGUGAGUGUCAUGUGAUUAAACUGAACCAAAUCUGUACAAAAACAUGAAUACGAAUACUACUGUUUGCUGCAUGGGAUUUGGGAUAAUCACACACUGUACAGAUAAUAUAAUGUGACAUAUUUAACUCUAUAAACUACACACUUUUUUACGUUUUGCUUUUUUCGUCACUAGGGUGCAGGCAAUAUGUGAAACAGAUCUUCAUUUAGCCCUGCCCAAGGAGUUUCAGUAUAUGGCGCCAACUAUUUCAGAUUUGAUUUUGAACAUAUCUCCAUUAAAGCGCAAAUUUUGUCUCAAAUUUGGUGUCCCCCGCUGUGAUAUUGCUGGAAUAUUGCUAAAAGCGGCGUAAAACCAUACUCACUCACUCACUCAAAUUUGGCAUCUUAGAAAAGUAGUAAAGUUUCUUCUACCCCCGUGUGUAGUGUAACAAAGUAUUGUUUUUGCCCUGAACUAAAAUGUCAAAGCAUCCUCAUGCUUUAACUAUAAUAGUUCAAGGCAAACUUUAUUAUUUUUCUGAGAUGCCGAAUUAUAUGCAAACAUUGUGCGGGUUAGAGCAAACAUUAUAUCUAAAUUCAACAUUAUGUCUACAUUGAAAUAGGAAUGAUUAAACGCAGAAAUACUUAAUAUAAGACAUGCUUAAAUAUAGGUAGAUUCAGAGACGUAUCAAACGUUGAUCCCUGAGUUCUUUCAUGGUUGCCAUGAUUAGCAUAUUUGUGAAAAAGUUGUUGAACUACUUCAUGUUAAAUAUAGGAUUAUUUGGUGACAGUUCCCUUGUAUAUGUCAAAUCCCAUAAUGCACUACACAAAAGAAGUUAAAGAACACCCUAUUCUUUCAUAGUACUGUCGUUACUGUAAUCUGUCAUGCCAUGACAAAUCAACUAUAGUAAUAUGAUAGAAGCAGGUGUUAAUUUCUUUUGUGAAGUAUAUUUAGAAAGGUAUGUCUAACUGACAUGUCAGUGGGGUCAAUAUCUAUGUUAUUUUGUCCAGAACAUGGUGUUGUCAUACUCAUUUAUGAAUUUAUUUUGUAAAAAGCAUUUGAUUCCAUCCAUUUGGAAAUUGUAGGAUUUUGCUACAACUUUCAAAAUAGUUGUGACAAACAUGAGGUGUUGGAGGUUAUUUUGAAGAUUAUGACAAUGAUCAGCUAUGAGCCUGUGCUUAGUUAAAAGAAGGCAGAAGGUAAUGUUAGUUGACCACAGACUUUGUCCAUCAGACAACUGAAUCAGCGCACUGACUUCGUGUAAUUACCUUCCACCACUGAUGAACAAGAUGAAGAAACUGCUUAUGUAUGCCUGAGAGUGUAAUGAAGUUUUUUAAUUGAUUUUGAAAUUAUUGACCCUGUUGUAUGGUUCUAUGGACCAAAGUUUAGAAGUUGUUAGACACCUACCCACCAGUAUAUUAAGAGAAUGUGCCUCUGUGCAUCUGUGUCUUGCAAGAAUCCACCUACCUUGUGCAUCCCUUUGUCUUGCAAGAAUCCACCUACCUUGUGCAUCCCUUUGUCUUGCAAGAAUCCACCUACCUUGUGCAUCCCUUUGUCUUGCAAGAAUCUGCCUAUUUUGUCCUUCUCUGUCUCUUGCAAGAAUCUACCUACCUUAUGCAUACCUUCAUCUUGCAAGAAUCUGCCUAUUUUGUCCAUCUCAGUGUCUUGCAAGAAUCUUCUGAUUGUGCAUUCCUUAGUCUUGCAAGAAUCUGUGGGUUUUGAUGACUGAUUUGCCCAGAUUGUGAUCCUUGGUUUGUUUGCUGUUAAGUUUCCCCAUUGACCUUUACUCCCACAUGAAGCUGUCAUGCCAUGAUAUGACUGAAGUAAGACCCAGUCAUCCCCUCGCAUGGUUGGCACGAAAGGUAUGGAGACAUAAGGUUCAGGUUAUGUCCAAAGGUUCAGAAUGAAGCCUUAAUUUCUCAAACCUGUCCUCGAUAUGCUUGCUUGAGGAAGAAGAUCCAAAACAAGAAAAUCAGUUUGUCAUGGCAUAACACCUCAUCAUAUUGGACCUGUUAUCUUUCACAUUCAAUAAUGAGCAAUAACAUAAUGCUGUAACUUGACAAAAUGUUGUCCUUUCCAUAUUUCUACAUUUGUUUGUCUUGAUCUUGUUUAUAUACAUUUGCAUUAUAUUUUUUGUAUACAUUUUUAAGAAUUAGAAUGAUAUGUCUUAAAUAGCUGACAUGAUCAAAACUGUCGAUUUCUUUAUGUGACCUAUGACAUUGGUGUGAUUUGAUUGUGGGUGGAUAGGCAUCUAAUAGAUCUAAUUCAAUAUGCAUUGUAAACAUGUUAAAGAAACCCAUUAGUUUAUUCACAUGAUAGCAACAGUGAUAAUGACAAAUGUGCAAGUUGUAUCAUCUCAGUCCUCAAGUACACACAUAUGUUAUUGGAGGUGCUUGGGCUGUCAAACAAAUUAUUUGAUUUUUGUGUCUUUUGUUACAAUGCAACACAAAUGAGUGUUUUAAGAUGGGAUGUAUGCUUCACGAUUAGACUGACAUCAAUAACCAGCAUUUGAGAUGGUGAGUAUGGAAUGGGUGAUGCCAGUGGUUGCUGUGUGUGACCGUGUUAUAAGCAUAACCUUCAAAUAUGUGACACUUAUCAUGAGGUUGAGUUGACCUCCAGUUGCAUCAUGUGACACAGUUAUCAUGAGGUUGAGUCGACCUUAAAUUGCAUCAUGUGACACUGUUAUCAUGAGGUUGAGUCGACCUCCAGUUGCAUCAUGUGACACUGUUAUCAUGAGGUUGAGUCGACAUCCAGUUGCAUCAUGUGACACUGUUAUCAUGAGGUUGAGUCGACCUCCAGUUGCAUCAUGUGACACUGUUAUCAUGAGACACUGUUAUCAUGAGGUUGAGUCGACCUUAAAUUGCAUCAUGUGACACUGUUAUCAUGAGGUUGAGUCGACCUUAAAUUGCAUCAUGUGACACUGUUAUCAUGAGGUUGAGUCGACAUCCAGUUGCAUCAUGUGACACUGUUAUCAUGAGGUUGAGUCGACCUCCAGUUGCAUCAUGUGACACUGUUAUCAUGAGGUUGAGUCGACCUCCAGUUGCAUCAUGUGACACUGUUAUCAUGAGACACUGUUAUCAUGAGGUUGAGUCGACCUCCAGUUGCAUCAUGUGACACUGUUAUCAUGAGGUUGAGUCGACCUCCAGUUGCAUCAUGUGACACUGUUAUCAUGAGGUUGAGUCGACCUCCAGUUGCAUCAUGUGACACUGUUAUCAUGAGGUUGAGUCGACCUCCAGUUGCAUCAUGUGACACUGUUAUCAUGAGAUUGAGUCGACCUCCACUUGCAUCAUGUGACACUGUUAUCAUGAGGUUGAAUAAGAGCUCCAAUUACAUUGUGUGACAUUUCUCUCAUAAAGCUGAAUAAGAUCUCUGUGCAUUGUGUGACAGAGCACCAACUGCACGGUUACCUUCAACUGUGUGAUGGUAUGAUUGUUAUGAAGGUGACCAGAGCUGGUUCCCAGGCAGCAUCACUAGUGGCAUGGACAAUCAGGGGAAAGCGUUUAUGCAUUCUAAAUUCUAGUAUCUCGAAAAUUACUCACACUAGCAAUUACUAAAAGCUAAAAAUAAUCUUACAAUUAGGAGUGUUAUUGCAUGAUGUAUACAUUAGACACUGUCUAUCAUCGACUAUGUGCGCAAUGAACAUGCACUGUUAAAUACACCAUUCUACAUCCCUUUAUCUAUGCAAUUAUAUGCUACAUGCUUGUUAUUUUUUCAUGCAUUUAGAAAAUCAAAUCUUUUUCUUUCUUUUUUUUCAUAAUAAUAUUUCUUUCACAAAUGCAAAAAUUGGUUGAUUUUGCAUAAUCUAUGAUGUAGUGCCAUGUGUAAUCACACUCAGCAUUUUAUUGCUUUUCGCUAAGAUUCAUUCUAUUUUUUGCAGAAUGGCAUUAUCAAGAUUUGGUAGAUGAAACUAUAUUAUUGGUGUGAAAAGCUGGACAUAUAGUCACUUGUCAAGAGAACAGUUAAGAUCUAUCUCUUGGCUGAUGGGUAUUUCAAAACACAGCCUUCCAAUUUUGGGUGUUCUUAACUUGUUUUGAGCAGUAUAUUUGUCUGGAGUCAAAGACAACACAACACCUUUUGCCUUAACGUGUCAUGUUCAUUAUCUGUGAGAAGUCUGGAUGGAGAUGAGAGAUGCCAAUUUCACCAAAGUGGUAAGGUUGCACUUGCAUCACUUCUUGUUUCCUCCCCACUACGCUGACAGUGAUCUAAGUGAAGUACUAUUCAAAGCAGCAUUAAGCUCACUGUUAGUGUGUAAGAAUGAACUUGACAAUAUAACCAGAAGACACUGGUUGUCACCUCACUUGUUUCUAUGAAGACUUCUGUAGUGAUUCAGAGGACAAUUGGUUUUCAGCAUAUGUGUACAUGUUGGAAUGUUGGAAUUACCUUUUCUUUUUACAUUUUGUAUAUUUCUUCGAUUUUUACACAAUAUAAAAAUAAACCAAUGCAACAGAA